UGUAGCCUGGCUCUCCUCGGGCCGCGGUUGGCGAGGACUCGGAGGUGGUGCCGUCUGGCCUGGUGGCCUCUCCUCCCGCGGAUGCCCGCCACGUCGGUGGUCCAACUGGCCGUUCCUGGAAGAAUCCAGGCAUGCUUCUACCUCCAAGGACUCAAGCUUCCCUUUGCACGGAACUGUCCUUCUCCAGAUAGUCACGUGACUGCUGCUCACGUCCCUCGGGUUUCUGCUCAGACUUUACCUUAUCAGCAAGAUUUUGGGAUUUCUAGAAGAAAAGACCAAAGAGGAAUCAUUGAGAAUAGACUCCUUCUGAAGCGUUAAGCCUAAGAUGGCCACAGCCUUGGCCCUUCAGACUUCAGAGAUGCAGGAAGGACUUCUGGCAGUAAAGGUAGAAGAGGAGGGGGGUUAUGCUUCUGGGCAGGAAUCUGGCCUGUUGAGAGAGAACCCUCAUACCAGAGAGCUCUUUCGUAGACGCUUCCGGCAGUUCUGCUACCAGGAGACUCCUGGGCCCCGCGAGGCGCUGAGCCGGCUCCGGGAGCUCUGCCGUCAGUGGCUGCGGCCCGAGACGCACAGCAAGGAGCAGAUCGUGGAGCUGCUGGUGCUGGAGCAGUUCCUGACCAUCCUGCCCGAGGAGCUGCAGGCCUGGGUGCGGGAGCAGCACCCCGAGAGCGGGGAGCAGGCGGUGACUGCCCUGGAGGACCUGGAGAGCGAACUGGACGAGCCGGGAGAGCAGGUCCCAACCUACGCUUGUGAACAGGGAGAGUUUGCGAAGGAGGAGGCAACUCGGGAAGCAGCCCAGGAGCUGUCAGGUGGCCGGCUCCAGCCCUUGGAAGAGCUGCAUCCAGGCAAUUCGCGAGAGCUGUGCCCGGUUCAGGAGAUCGGUGAUGAGGCUGGGACUUGGAAUGUGGAGUUAGCCCCAAAGAGGGAGCUUUCUAAAGAAAUGAGAUCUCUUGUGGAAGUACCUCAAAAACUGAAUGGUGGUACUGCUCGGAUGCCUGAAUGUGCAGACACCUGUGACCACGAGGGCAGAUUGGAAAGGCAGCGGGCAGGCUCUUCUGUGGAGAGACCGUAUAUCUGUGGUGAAUGUGGGAAGAGCUUCACCCAGAAUUCCAUCCUUAUCGAGCACCAGCGAACCCACACGGGGGAGAAGCCCUACGAGUGCGAUGAGUGUGGGCGGGCCUUCGGCCAGCGGUCAGGCCUGUUCCAGCACCAGAGGCUCCACACCGGGGAGAAGCGCUACCAGUGCGGCAUCUGUGGCAAGGCCUUCAGUCAGAACGCUGGGCUCUUCCACCACCUCAGGAUCCACACGGGGGAGAAGCCCUUCCAGUGCGGCCAGUGCAGUAAGAGCUUUAGUCGACGUUCUGUCCUCAUUAAGCAUCAGAGAAUUCACACCGGGGAGAGGCCUUACAAAUGUGAGGAAUGCGGCAAGAACUUCAUUUACCACUGCAACCUCAUUCAGCAUCGGAAGAUCCACCCCGUGCUGGGUCCAGCCGGCCCCUUGGAACAGGUAGGGCAACCUUUCCUGACCUGGGAUGGAUGGGGACCAGACCCGUGUACUCGGCCGUACCGCCGCAGCCGGCCCCGCCCCCGCGUCAGCAGCCCUGCGUGCCCUCCGCCUUCUGCGGUCCAGCCCAGCGGGGAUCUUUGGUUCCCUUGCUCCGAAGGACAGGGCUUGGGGCGGCGGAGGGCAAGCCCGCGGGGGCCGCUGUGCUCAGGGCGCUGCUCAUUACUCUUCGCCCCUGCGGGCCCAGUGGACAGUGGGAUCCGCACAAGGGGGAUCUGCAGGGACCUGAGAACGGAGGGCAUCGCAGCGUUCCGUGAGAGCGGACAGGUGUCCUCGGGGGCUGGAGAGCUGGGGGCCCCGGCGGAGUGGGGCCCCGCCCGGCGGACCGCCCGCCUGAGGCAUUCACGGGCCGCGGGGCUCGCGAGGAGAGGCGGCGAGGAGGCGCGCCCGGGCGUCGUGACGUACUUCCGGGCUGCCGUCGCGGGGUUGGACGAGAGACGCGCCCGCUCCGCGGGCAGCUCUAGCGCUGGGCUCGGCGGUUCUCCCUGCGUGGGUCCCCGGGAUCCGGGCGGCCCCGUGUCGGCGCUCGCGGGGACUGUUGCGGAACAGGGGGAAGUACCGUGUGAGUUCAGUGGCGAGGACGAGAGUUGGCACGUCCAUCAAGUACACACAGACCGGUGCAUGGAUGUGCCGGGCCCUAGGGCUCAGAACGGGAGUAGCCAGCUAGAAGCGGCACUCUUCGCCUUACCGUGCGGUGAGGAGACACAUAACUUACGGUCCAGCGGCAGCCCCUGCACGGAGCAGCCUUCACGUUCGAGGGCCCUCGGAGGUGGGGGUGGCGAGCUAGGGUCACGUCCCUGCGGAGGCGGUAGGAGACGGCACGAGCGGGGAGCCCAUGGCGUGCGGCAGCGCAGAACGCUGCGCCGGCGGGAACAAGUCCAGCUCUGGGAGCUCCGCCGUCAGUGGCUGCGGCCCGAGACGCACAGCAAGGAGCAGAUCGUGGAGCUGCUGGUGCCGGAGCAGUUCCUGACCAUCCUGCCCGAGGAGCUGCAGGCCCGGGUGCGGGAGCAGCCCAGACUCGCCCGUCUACCUUCCCCGACCUCGCGGGGCCGCGCCCGCCCCUCCCUGCGGCUGCGGCGGAAGUGCGCGCGCGCCCACCGUCUAACUCUCGCGAGCUCGCGGGGCCGCGCGGGAACUGCCCGGCGAGUGCCCGCCCCCUCCCUGCUGCUGCUGCGGCGGAAGUGCGGGAGCGCCCACGCCGCUCGCUUCCGGCCUUUCUUUUGCACAGCUCUGAUGGCAUCUGCUUGGGCUCUCCCGGCCCGCGGGGACCAGGAUGAGCUUCUGGAAGUGAAGAUCGAGGAGGAGGAGAGGGAGGAGUAUACCACCACCAGACAGGAUCAGAACCUGCGAAAGAACAGCACCCACAGCAGGGAGGUCUUCCGGCAGUACUUCCGGCAGUUCUGCUACCAGGAGACAUCUGGGCCCCGCGAGGCGCUGAGCCGGCUCCGGGAGCUGUGCCGUCAGUGGCUGCGGCCCGAGACGCACAGCAAGGAGCAGAUCGUGGAGCUGCUGGUGCUGGAGCAGUUCCUGACCAUCCUGCCCGAGGAGCUGCAGGCCUGGGUGCGGGAGCAGCACCCGGAGAGCGGGGAGGAGGCGGUGACUGUGCUGGAGGAUCUGGAGAGGGAGCUGGAUGAGCCUGGAGAACAGGUCUCAGUCCACACUGAGGAACGGGACCAGCGCUUGCCGGAGAUGGCCCCUCUGGGAACAGAACAGGAGCCCAGCAUGUCCUUCCCACCCCUGAUGGCACAGCUCAAGUGUGAGUCUCCAGAACCUGAAGCCCAACUGGAGGAGCAAGUUUCAGGUGUUGAGACUGGAAACGAGUACAGGAAUUUAAAGCAAGAAGUUUCUGAAGAAAUGGAACCAUAUGAGAAUAUGUCUAGAUUUGAAAGUGAAGUGUCCCAGCCCACUUGGUGCAGAAAAGCUGAUGAAUCCGAAGCAAAAACAGAAGAAUCUUCUGGACCCUCCAGAGAAGGUGAACAAUCUACAGGUGAUGAAAACAGAGUCAGUCUGACUGAACAGCAGAGGGUCUGUCUGGGAGAAAAACCUCACGAAUGCAAGGAGUGUGGGAAAGCCUUUAGUCAGCACUCGCGCCUUAUAGAACAUCAGAGGGUCCAUACUGGAGACAGGCCCUACAGAUGCGAGGAAUGUGGAAAAACUUUCCGUGGGAGAACUGUGCUUAUUCGGCACAAAAUAAUACACACCGGAGAGAAACCGUAUAAAUGUAAUGAGUGUGGCAAAGCCUUUGGCCGGUGGUCAGCUCUUAACCAACAUCAGAGACUUCACACAGGAGAGAAGCACUACCACUGUAAUGAGUGCGGCAAAGCCUUUAGCCAGAAAGCAGGCCUCUUUCACCAUCUCAAGAUCCACACAAGAGACAAACCAUACCAUUGUACUCAGUGUAAUAAAAGUUUCAGUCGGCGCUCAAUACUUACUCAACAUCAAGGGGUUCACACUGGGGCGAAGCCCUAUGAGUGCAGCGAGUGUGGAAAAGCCUUUGUUUAUAACUCAUCCCUUGUUUCCCACCAGGAGAUCCACCACAAAGAAAAGUGCCAUCAGUGUAAGGAAUGUGGGAAAUCCUUCAGUCAGAGUGGCCUUGUUCAGCAUCAGAGGAUCCACACUGGGGAGAAGCCUUACAAGUGUGACAUAUGUGGAAAAGCCUUUAUUCAGAGGACGAGUCUUAUAGAACAUCAGCGAAUUCACACUGGGGAGAGACCCUAUAAAUGUGAUAAGUGCGGGAAGGCUUUCACUCAAAGAUCCGUCCUCACGGAACAUCAGAGAAUCCACACUGGAGAGAGGCCCUACAAGUGUGAUGAGUGUGGGAAUGCCUUCCGUGGAAUCACCAGCCUCAUUCAGCAUCAGAGAAUCCACACUGGGGAGAAACCCUACCAAUGUGAUCAAUGUGGUAAAGCCUUCAGACAGAGGUCAGAUCUUAGUAAACACCAGAGAAUCCAUAGUAGAGGUGGUCCCUGUAAACGUAAAGAGUGUGGGGAAUCGUUCAGGCAGACCUCAGCUCUCAUUCAACAUCAGACUGUCCACAGAGGAGAAAAGCCUGUUUCUCUCUGAUGGCUACAGGGAAGCUGUGUGACGGAGUGCAGGCUGGAGAGAAAUCCUAGCUUUGAAAUCAUUUGGGAAAAUGCCAGUCACUGUUGCUAUAAGGAAACCUCAGCUGUUAUAUAAAGAAUUCCCUGUGUGCUGCCUGUUCUGUCAGGUGCUGUGGAGAUCGAGAAGCAUAACACCAAAUUCCUCUUCUCCAAAGUUUACGGUUUAGCUGGGGAUAGCUAAAUACCACGUGUGAGGUUAGGUAAGACUCUGCAGUAGGGCAGGAGAAUUGAUGGUGCGAGUGCCGUGUCUUGGAAGUGGCUUGUGGCGCACAGUAAGUGCCGUCCGUCCGGGAGGACGGACUCCCGACGCCUCGGGGUCAGGAAAGAUCUUACAAAAAGGGUUGGAUGGGCCGAAUUGGAAGGCAAAAUGGAAAGCAUUUAGGGUAAAGGAAAUGCAGGCAGAGUGCUUGUGGUUUGGAGGCGUCCGAGCCGACCUGAGGUCGAGAGUCCGUCCAGUUGGGCAGUUGAUGGCAGUACGCUGGCUGCAGAGCUUGGGGACAGACUGCGGGAGGGUGAGCGUGCGUCUUAGCACUUUUCUGACUUCAUUCCUAAAAUAUCUCUGUAAAUUAAAAUCACUGGCCAUUGGAAAGGUGAGGACUCUUGCGUGUGGAGAUGGGGACAUAACUGCCAUGGCACAGAGGGAAGACCAGCCACUGAAGGGUAGGUCUCCGGCUCCGAGUCCUGUCCGUGGCUCUAGGGAUGCUUCCACUUCACUGGGCAUCAGAAUCGCGUGUGGAGCUCGUUUAAAAUGCCCACGUCCCACUCACAGACAUUCCGCCUCAUUAAGUCUGGGAUGGGGGCCGAGAAUCUUCAUGUUUAUAGCCGGUCACCUGAUUCUGCAAUUCGAGAAACACCGCAUUGAAUCCCAGCUGCCUUCAUGGUUGCCUGUGGCAUGCGGACACGUGAACCGCUGCUGGAUUAGAGCGUAAGGGAAGCCCGACGGAGGACAGGUGCCACCGGUACUUUAGAGAGAACCUGACCACCGGCCAGCCACAAGGGCUUCAGGCUGGCCUUCCCACCUCUUCACAUUUAAAGGUGUCAAAAUAGUCUCCUGACCUACAUUCAAAGGCUCCGGGAGUCAUCUGAGCACAAGGCUGUGUGUGUUUAGUUAGGGGAGGGCGCUAGUGUUCUCUCUUUGGCUUCUGACCUCUCUUUUCCCCCAAUUACAUAGUUCUCGUGUUCUGAAUUCCCUAAUAACUGUUCUUCAGAACUGGUUUACAAUUUUUUUGGUUUGUAAACCUUCUUGAGCACAUAAAAGAGCCAAAGAUUAGUGACUCUGUCCUUUGGGACUUGUGAAAACAUGAACCGAUAACUGGUUGACUUUACUCCUGUUUUACUGAGUAAACAGUUCGGUCCUAGAUGAGGGCCUGUGAUGAUUAUUUCGGGUAGUCAGCAGCUACAGAGAGGCACACAUGGCUCCUGGUCUGUUGAUCUUUUUAUUUACAGAGACUGUUUUUAAUUUUCACUCAGCUGUCCUCUGAUUUCCCUCCCUUGCUACCUUGCCACGGCAGACUCUGCAAUUUCUGGGACUACCUCCCCACCCUACCUCAUCCCACAGGACUCCAGGAUCCUCUCCACCCCUCACCUCUAGCUGGUUAGUGGGUUUGAAGUGGUGAGACAAAAGGGGGAGGGGAGAAAUGGGUAAUUGCCUUCCUUUAACUACUCUUAACUGCCAUUGUAUCUAGCCCUGUGUCUCUAUCCCAUCUCCUCCCUGCUCCUAUAGUGUGCUCUGCCCCCUUUCCCUUCGGCCCUUGUCUCCUGCCCGCUCUAUCUGUAGCCUGAUCCAGAACAUGGGAGUGUCAUCACUGGCUUGGAACCAGAAGGGUCCCUGGAGAAAUAGCUCUGUAGCUUUUAAGCUCUUAAAUGUGAGCACAUUUUCCCAUAAGAAUAAUAAUGGUAUUAGUACUAUAAUUUAGGCAUAUUAUGACACAUGUGUCAUUUGCUUUUGGGAUUGGAAUUUACAUGACCAUGGGAAAACAUCCUGAGUUCACAAUAGAAGAAAGCAAAUGAACAUUUGAAAAAACAACUCAAUCACGAGUUGAAGACUCUUUAUUUAGGUGUUUAUCCUAAUACCAACAUGGGAGCUGCACACAUGAGACACUGAGGCAGCCAGGGUUGGGGAACUAAUUUUUUACAUCCAGAAAACAGUUUGUUGCCCUGAGUGAGCCUGAGAGCUUUGAGCUGUGUGUGUUCCUGCCCCCUUCCCCAGCUCACCCUGCCUUGCAUUUCUCACUCUGGCAAGCUCCUUGCUGCUUAGUGAUGAGAACCCGGAUGAGCACGUCCUCUUCACCAGCUGAUGAUAUUCGUGCUCGUCACCUGCUCACAUGUCAGACGCGGUAUCCAAACUGAAGUUACUCUGACCUCUCUCGAAUCCUACUGCUCACUGGAACGCAAUUUCUUAUUUUAAACUUGCUUUCUCUUCACAGUGCCUUUACUUACAGGUUAUGUAGUUCAUCUUCUGCUUAACACGUUCUCAACGCAGAUGCGUGCCUCCAUUUACCUCUAACGCCUUUAAUUGCCUAAUAUAAAGGACCCAUAGAUAAGAGACCCAGAACAUCGGGAUGUGCCUGUGAUGUAGCAUACAGUUCAUAACUUGUUUAAAAAUAAAGGUGGGAGUUUUGUUCUGGU